AUGUCGGAGAAGGUUCCGGAUCAAAUCGAGGGAUUCACCAUCUCUUCCACUAAGAAAUGGAGUGAUUUCUCAAAGACAAGGUUCUCAGCCAAAACCUUUGAAGCACACGACGUAGACAUCGUCAACGAGUGCUGUGGAGUCUGUGGCUCCGAUGUUCACACCAUCACUGGCGGCUGGGGUGAAUUAGCCACCACUCCCCUCUGCGUUGGCCACGAAAUCAUAGGCAAAGUCGUCCAGGUCGGUCCAAAAGUAACACUCGUCAAACCAGGUGAUCGUGUCGGCGUUGGUGCUCAAGUACAAUCCUGCAUGGAAUGUCCCCAAUGCAAAAGUGACAAUGAGAACUAUUGUCCCAAAAUGGUGGAUACAUAUAUGGCUCCGUAUAAUGAAGAUGAGGGUCAUAGUGAUAAACCCAUGAAAGACAGUAAUGGAAAUCAAAUCUUCUCACAAGGAGGUUAUUCCAGUCACUCGAGAGUUCAUGAACAAUUCGUCUUCAAAGUCCCAGAUGGUCUUGCAUCUAUAGAUGCAGCACCAAUGAUGUGUGCCGGUCUCACCACAUACUCACCUCUUGUCCGAGCCGGCACCGGUCCAGGCAAGAAAGUAGCAAUUCUCGGCAUUGGCGGCUUGGGACAUUUCGGUAUUCUCUGGGCUAAAGCUCUAGGCGCCGAAGUCUGGGCACUCUCCCAUUCCCCAAAUAAAAAAGAAACAGCACUCAAACUAGGCGCCGACCAUUUCAUAUCGACGCAAGAAAAAAACUGGCAAAAACCCCUCGCAUUCACCUUCAACUUCAUCCUCAAUUGCGCAGACAUGACGAAUGAAUUCGAUCUCACAGCCUACAUGUCCACCCUCGCCGUCAACGGCGAAUUCCACAAUGUCGGUCUCCCCGAUAAACCGCUCCCGGAAUUAAAAGCGCAGGAUUUCGUAGCGAAUGGCUGUAAGAUUGCGGCGUCACAUAUUGGGUCGCGGAAAGAAGCAGAGGCGAUGUUGCAGUUGGCCGUGCAGAAAAAGGUGAAGCCGUUGAUUGAGACGAUUGAUAUUAGUGAGGAGGGGUGUAAGAGGGCGGUCGAGAAGGUUAAGAGUAAUGAUGUUAGGUUUAGGGUUACGUUGACGGGGUUUGAGAGGGCUUUUGGUACGAGGGUUGAUUAUGAGGGGGAGGAUGGGGAUAGAUUGGCCUGA